AGCAAAGUAUUCAAAAUUCAUUCAUUUUCACACAUUCAUUAUAUUCUUUAUACAUUACAUUAGCAGAGAUUUUCAACUCCGAUCCGCUCCAAAUGAGUUCAACCAAUCCCCACUCUGACGGAAACCUUGCUUUAAUCAAGUACGGAAAGGACAAAAAUAAUGGAAAGGAUGACGUCACAGUUCCUCCUGGUGCUCUUAGUAUUAUCUGGGGAAAUGAUCAACGUUACUGGAAAAACCCAGAUAGUGCAGUAGCAGAGCUAAUACAAGUAUGCUGGCUAGAAGUGACCGGUUCAAUCAAGCUUAGACCGGAGAUGAAAGGGAAGAAAUACGAGGUUGGGUUCGAAGUGUCGUUAACGCCGGACGCUUUCGGGUGGAGCAACUCGCCGGUGUACAUUAUGGGGAAAAGAGGGAAAAAGCCUAUAUGGACAAAGAUGAACUUAGCGAACAACAACAAAGGGAUAUUCAAGAUCCCGGAAACCCCGUUGGUCGUGGCGCCGCCGGGGGACGGUUCCGACAACGACAAGGUUUACUUCGGGCUGUACGAGGUUUGGUCGGGGAGGUGGAAAGGUGGGCUUAAGAUUCACAAGGCAUUUGUCAGGGAAUUUUCUGGUAACAGCAACCACAAAACAGGCAGUGAAUCACCUAAUAAAAUUUCCUCUUAAAUUAUUUUUUAAGAUAAAAUCAUGGAUGUAUUAUAUUUGAUUGCCCAUUGUGCUGUGUGGCACUAAGGUGAAAUCUUUGAUUGUUUCGUGAAUUUUCCCUUCGGAUUUCGAGUGAAUAAUGGUACUUAUACUUUCUUAAAGAUAUAUAUUCUUGUCACAUAAUAUGUAUUGAUUGAUUAGAUAUAAUAAAAUUCUUUUAGACUCUACUUAAA